GCGUUGUAAGCGUUCAUGUUGUUAGAAAAAAAAUAAUAACUAGGAUUGAGUCGAGAAACUGAGUGUUCUAGUAUUCCGUAGAGUUCUCAACCGACCGAGCGCAUAGAAUGAACCCGAGUCAACAGGCGCGUAGCUCAACCACCCCAGCGCUAAAUGAUAUGCGGGGAUAUCACACCUGGCAUGAAUGAGCCAGGUCCUAGUUAUUGUGAUAUGGCCAGCGACAAAACUUGAAGACUGGACAAAUAGCCCAUGUCGCUCUUCUUUUUACGGGAGGACGCAAUGUGCAGAGGGAUUGUCUCCCUUGGCAACAGGCGACCCUGAGUGCCAUAGACGCUGGAAGCAUAUACCAGGGUCCAGUACUAUCUCCGCAAAGCGCCAUGUCUCGAGCUUAAGAUGCAAGGGGUCUCCAGUUGAAACCAUUAUCUCAACAGCCAGAUGCGCUCCAUACUCAGUGAUUGGGACACAGCCUUCUUCUGGCGUCUGCGAUGCUGUUUAUCCUGGGUCAAGUUCUGCAGGCUAUGCCGUUUGCGCUGGUAAUUCUGCAGGAACACGUUUGGAUCCCCCGUGCUUUUCGCUGACCGUGGCGACAGUGGAGUCCAACAGUGGUUGUAGUACCGCGCGCGUUGCUGUGACGAACCGCCCACAGGGACGAAUGGGUGAAUUGAACAAGAUAACCGUCGAGAUCUCUGGAGAAGGGGGUGCAGAGAUGAGACUUGCUUCAGAUGGCGCGCGACAAUGCUGAGGACGACGCCUCUUUUGCUAUCUGAAGCUGGGCGCAAGCAGCUCAAGACGGCCUAUAAAUCAGUGGAAUAUCCUGCUAGCCUUUGUUCCAAGCAUCAAGCAUCCAUCUCCAAAAGUGUUUCUUUGUCUUCUCUUCGUUUCUCUCUUUGCUGUCAUACUUGAGGCUGUACUAGCUGGACUGUGUACACCUCGGCUAGCCCAACGGGAUUAUCUCAGAAUUCAGCAACUUCCAACGUCGAUCGCCGUGUAGGGCUGAAGUCCCUUAGCCAGGCUGUGCAAUAAUCCUUCCGUCACCUGCGGACUGUUCUUG